GGCGGCGCUGUCCCUUCAGCACCACGGCGCGGCGGCCCCGCCGGACACCCCCGCGCCCGCCGGCGGCCAGCGCGAUGCCGGGGAGGCGCGGCGGGGCGCUGCGCGGCGGCUGAGGCAGCAGGUGCCGGUGCCCUGGGCCCCGCCAGCCGCUCACUAUGACCGGGCAGAGCCUGCGGGCUUUAGCCGAGGCGAACGUGGAAGACGGCGAGAUCAGCAUCAACGUGGGAGGCUUUAAGAAGAAGAUGCGCUCCAACACCUUGCUGCGGUUCCCGGAGACGCGCCUGGGCAAGCUGCUGAGCUGCCACUCCCGGGAGUCGAUCUUGGAGCUGUGCGACGAUUACGACGAUGCCAAGAACGAGUUCUACUUCGACAGGAACCCCGAGCUGUUCCCCUACGUGUUGCACUUCUACAACACGGGCAAGCUGCACGUCAUGGGCGAGCUCUGCGUGUUUUCCUUCAGCCAGGAGAUCGAGUACUGGGGGAUCAAUGAAUUCUUCAUCGACUCGUGCUGCAGCUACAGCUACCACGGCAGGAAGAUGGAGCCCGAUCAAGAGAAAUGGGAAGAUCAAAGCGAGCAGGAAAGCACCACCUCUUCCUUCGAUGAGAUCUUGGCCUUCUACAACGAUGCCUCCAAGUUUGACAGGCAGCCCUUUGGAAACAUCCGGAGGCAGCUCUGGCUGGCUUUGGACAACCCUGGCUACUCCGUCUUGAGCCGAAUAUUCAGCAUCCUUUCCAUAGUGGUUGUUCUCGGCUCCAUUGUGACCAUGUGCCUGAACAGCCUUCCAGACUUUCAGAUUGUCGACAGCAGUGGGAAUUCGGAGGAAGAUUCCCGAUUUGAAAUCGUGGAACAUUUUGGGAUUGCAUGGUUCACCUUUGAGCUGGUGGCCAGGUUUGCGGUGGCUCCUGACUUCUUCAAGUUUUUCAAGCAUGCACUAAAUCUGAUUGACCUCAUGUCCAUCCUCCCAUUUUACAUUACCUUGAUUGUUAACUUGGUUGUGGAAAGUAGCCCGGCAUUAGCAAAUUUAGGGAGAGUAGCCCAAGUCCUGAGGCUUAUGAGGAUCUUUCGGAUCUUAAAACUUGCUAGACAUUCGACUGGCCUUAGGUCUCUUGGAGCCACCUUAAAGUAUAGCUAUAGAGAGGUAGGACUUCUCUUACUUUACCUCUCUGUUGGGAUUUCUAUCUUCUCGGUAGUAGCUUACACCAUUGAAAAAGAAGAAAACGAGGGUUUGGCCACCAUCCCUGCUUGCUGGUGGUGGGCUACAGUUAGCAUGACCACAGUUGGCUAUGGAGAUAUUGUCCCAGGGACCACUGCUGGCAAAUUGACAGCAUCUGCAUGCAUCCUAGCUGGCAUCCUGGUGGUAGUGCUUCCUAUAACUCUCAUCUUCAAUAAAUUCUCUCACUUCUAUAGGCGUCAGAAGCAGCUAGAAAGUGCCAUGAGGAGCUGUGAUUUUGAUGAUGGAAUGAAAGAGGUUCCAUCAGUCAAUUUAAGGGACUACUAUGCCUAUAAAGUAAAAUCCCUUAUGGCCAGUCUUACCAAUAUGAGCAGGAGCACUCCCAGUGAACUAAGUCUCAAUGAUUCUCUGCAUUAGUGUGCAGUUCAGACAAUAAUUUGCAUGAUAUAUUUCAAGAGCUGUGUUUAUAAAUUGUAGUUUUCCUAAUUGUAGUUCUUUUCCUGUGGGAUAGUAUCAGUGACACUGCACUAACUUUGUGCUGCUGAGCAAAAUGAAAUUUAGUUACCAACUGACAAUUUGCACAUUUCCAUCCUGUUGCAUAGAAACUAAAUGCUCAUUUUUCUAUAGAAUGGUUAUUGUGUCCAUGACACUAGUGCUAGUGGUGCAGUGUUAAUUUGUUACUUUGUGUAUUUGCUUUAGAAGCCCUUGUGUGAGCAGAGAAAUGAGCUUACUCAGGGGGGGAACAUAGCGGUGAAAUUAACAAUGAAAUAACCCAUUUUCAUCUACACUGAUAUGACCAAUCUUCAUAAUCUGUACAGUUGCCAGUGAAAGGCCAUCACAAGGCAGACUUAAAACUUGAAGAACAUCUUAAAGCACUUGACACUACUGUAAUUUUUUAAUCACCUGUGAAUACUUUACAUAGAAAUACAUGGCCACCUUUUUAUGACUAGUAAUUCUAAUGUUAACCACAUUGCUGUAAAGGUUAUUGAGUGCAGCAUUUCAGUUAAAUUUCAUAUUUUCUCCAGAACAAAUGUUUUAAGAAGUGGAUGUUCUUCUUUUGAAAUCAGACCUAUAGGGUGAUCUUUUCACAAAUUUUAGUUUUGACCUAACCUGGCUUCCCACUAUGUUAGUAAUAAUGUCCCUAUCUAUCCCAGUGGGAGCAGUAUUAAACCAAAACUGCACUUUUGAAAAGCCCAUCCAUGCACCUUCAGUGGCAAAAAACCCACAAAGAAAUAUUUGCAAACUGGCCUCUGAUUGGCAGGGGGAGGUGGGGGGGAGGGCAACAAAACAUCUCAGACUUGAUUUUUCAAGGAGAUAAGUACUGGUGAGUUCAACAGAAGUUGACUGGCAUCUCUGGAAGGCACACAUGUGGAAUCUGAAGGUAGGCACAAAAAAAUGGAAGCCUCUAUCAUUUAAAAGCCAAUUUUGAAAUCCUGGGCUGGUCUAAUUAAAGGGAACAGUCUCAUGUGAAUGGUAAAGAUAGUGUUUUAGGAACUGGCAUUUACCUAGCAUAAGAAGACUAAUUAAAAUGAUGGCAUAUAUUCAUGUAGUAUACAAUCUAAUUUUAUCAGGGAGGACUUUUUUUAAGAUUGGCAUACAACUGAAAACAGGUACAACUGAAAUGUAUAAUAUUUUUACUUAGAAAUUAUUACAAAAAUCAUUUGUCUUUACUUUAAGGAGAAUUAUUACAACUAAAAUACAUAUAAUGUUUAAUGUUGUCCUCAUUGGGCCAGACCCUCAACUGGUAUAAAUGAUUUAAACCAGCUGAGGAGCUGACCAUGUAUUUUUCAAAACUUAUUUAAAAAAAAAGAGACAGCAAAUCUGAUUUUCCAUUGAACUGCAUAAAUUAAUGUUAGGAGCGCUCAGAGAUUUUCCACAAAGUAACAAUUCUCAGCUUUCAGACAAUCAAAUAUUCUCAGCUUUCAGACAAUGUCUUCUCUGAUAAGAUGAAACAGCGAUAGCAUUGUAAGGAACCGUGCUGUCAAACAACCUGCAUUCGGCUAGCAAAAUGGUCCUUUGCUGUUCCAACUGUGGUAUGCUUCUAUUUAGUCUUCAAGUCGAUUUACACCCUAUUCACUUAUCGAGACAAAGGGGCUUCUGAGAAUGGAUUCAAAAUAAACAGAUUAGGACGUGGAUUAAAGCAUUAAGGCCGAAAACUGUCAUUUUAAAAUGAUGUACCUUACUCAAUAUUUAGUCACAUAAAUCAACAUGGCCUAACUAUCAGAGAUACUGGGAGCAUAUACACAUGCAUUAAUGUGCCUUUUCUAAUGCACAUUAAAUUUAGUUCCUCCAAUGUAAGGUUCUAAAUUAAUGCACAUUAGGCUAUGCUAAUGCGCAGUAGCACAUUUGCAUGUUUUUUUAGUGAUGCUUAAUGCACAGAUUAUUUUACUGAGCAUUAGCAUAAUGUCACUGUUUGUUACGUGAUGCUUUAAUGCACAGUAAAAUAGUCUACUGUGCAUUAAAGUGUAUGUGUAGAUGCACCCACUGAGCAUAUGAGGAUCCCAUUGUAUUUAUAAAGGCACAGAUUUUGUCAAAGUGGACCAGACCUAUGGUCUGUUUAGUCUGGGUACCUCCAAGUAUCUUGCUGUAAGCUAGUAUACAAUAACUUGCCCAUAGAGAAAAUUUUCUGAAACAUGCACUGAAAAAUGAGAGAUUUUAUAUCAUUUCUAGAUUUUUUCUUUUUAAAAAAACCUUAUUAAUAUCCACACAUUUCUUUAUAGCUCUAACUUCAAGGGGGAAUAACAGUGGUCUAAACAUCAUACCUGCAUGAAGAUAGAUAUUAGAUGCCAAAAUUUAGACAGCCAUAUCUGAAAAGUGUUGCCAAGGUUUACAUCUCUGGAGGACAGAGUUCACAUUCUGUGUUAGAUAAUGGCUAUUAAACCACAGUUUGGUGGUCCCUUCCAAGUAUAUAACUGGAUGUUUGGAAACUACCAUAAACUUUGAAAUGAGGGCAAAGUAAAGCACAGCUCUAUAUUGUGUGCAUUUCAGGUCAGCAUCAGUGCAGCUUGAAAAAAAUAUGUUGGAGAUUUUCCAUUCCUACUUAUACACAGUGUAGUCUGAAUCCUGAGAGCAUGACAAACUUAAAUUGAUGUAAGGGAUAGUCUGGCCUUAAUCAGGUCUAAGCCAGGGUGGAUUGAGAAUUUAUACACUAACUAAUUUGGAGGUAUAUAGUGUAAACUUUCAUGAGCCUGAGCUCACCGAAACUCACGGAAGCUUAUGCUAUAGAGCUCUGAUUUAUUUAGUUUAUAAGUUGCAAAUAUGCCUUGCCUUUUGCCUGACUGCAGACCAAUAUGGUUAACUAUUCUCUCUCUCCAUUAGCUCUCCCAGGUUAGGGCCUGUACAGAAUCUAGAUUUAGCCAGUUACACAAACAAUGAAUUUAUGGAGUUUUAAAAACUCCAUAAAAAAAAAUCCCAAGUAGUAUAUUCAUUUUUAGACCAGUUCCUUCAGCAGAAAUAUAGACUUGCCAAAUGGUCACAAAUUCCCCCAGCUGUUGUUAGUUUAGCAUUGCAUAGUUUGGAUCCCAACUUUAUAAUGCAUCAUUUAAAUAACCUAUAGAUUAUCUUGUGUCCUAGAUUUAUUAUUCAUGGGGCCAAUAAUAAGUCAUUUCUGUAGAAAUUGAAUGGAAUGUUUCCAAAUUGCAUUUUAUUACAAAAAAGGAAGUGCCCCAAAGAGUCACUUCUUUUAUUGUACUGGUUAAAAGGAAUUUCAUUAUUGCAUUUGAUAUAAUUGCUUUCAAUCAAAGAUGCUAAAAACUAAGAUAAGUUCUGUAUAAAACCGUUAUCAUACUGAAUCAUAUCUGAGAGGUUUCAAAGCCACUUUACAAACCAUGUUUUAUAUAAAGGAAUUAUUCCAUUCACCACAUAAGUGCAGCAGCUUCUGGGAGGAAAAUUGCCACUGUUUAGCACAGGAAAUACCAAAUUUCUUAUUUACAAGAGGAUAUUUAGGCAAAUUGAAUGUAAUUGUCCAAACCUGGCAUUUUCCCAAGACACUAGGAAUAAGAUAGAAGAAGAUAUGAUUUAAGAAAUGCAAAUGGUUGUAGUUGUUGGCAUUAAUUUCUCUGAUGUCAUAAACAUGUUGCUUGCCUUGGUAAAAAAUAAUGUUGCAUUAUAUUUUUAAUUACUAAUGCAAGGAAAGAAAGGUGCUAAAGCCUCCCUUGCAUGUUGUAUAUAAAAAGAACAAGCAAAAUAGCCCAGAACCCCUUAAACACCAUUAAUUCUGAUUUAAACAAUACUGAAAAUAUGUACCUGUAGGGAAGAAUGAGAUAUGUUACUCACUAUUUCAUGAGGUAGCUAUUUCAGAGCCCAAUUCAGUAAAGUACCAAGCACCCCUAUCUUCAAUUAGCUUAAAUAGAAGUUAAAGAAAAAUACUCCGUAUUUAGAAGGAAAAACUUUUCAUCUUAUGGGACUGGCCUUAAUGCUGUAAUGAAGGCAGGAAGAGACUUGGGUUUUUUUGUUUUUUGGGUUUUUUACCAGUCAGUAUCCCAUCAGAUUGUUUUAGAAAACCAGUUUGUUCAUUUGAGAGAGUUAAUGAAAGAUUAGGUCCUGAGUUAAGGGUGAGAGGUAUAAUUGAUAGCAUUCUCUUAUGCUCUGGACUUGAAAUUACCACGGUCAGGAAGGAAUGUUUUCUAUGCAGGUGCAGCCUAAUGAAGAGUAUCCUGCUCAGCAUGACUUCCCUCUACUUUGUAAAGGGCACAUUUCUGACAUCAGAGGAAACCCGGGGAAAAGUUGCUAUUAUCCUCUGUAUACUAAAAGAUUUGAAGUGGUUAAAUGUGCAUUUUGUUAAUAUUUCAAACUGCCCCUGCUUUGCUAGAGGGAUUAAACUUUUUACAGAAUUCUGAUUUCUGCUACAAAUAUGAACUGAGAUCUAUGGAGUAUUAUGGAUUAUGGAGAUCUAGGGAUGUCACUGAGGAGCAAUGUGUUAUAUAGGCUUCUUGGCAUGUAUGAUUUAUUGAUAGCUUGUAACUAAUCAAUUCUUUUUGGUUUAGUUUUGUAUUUACAUUUGUUUUAUUAUUCAUUUAUUUUAGUCAAUAGCUAAUUCUCCCCUAUGCAGAUUGUAAAUUAUCGAUUUUGAAA